CCUUCUCAGAGCAGCUGGGGAAAUAGGUUCUCUUUGUCACUAACCCUCCCCCUCCUCUUCCUCCGCUAUGGGGCUUCUGUAGUGUAGUGCUCUUUCUUGCCACAUAACCACAACCCAAAGAGCUGGGGCGGGGUGAGGACAGGGGAUCCAGAGCGCUGCACCAGCUGCAGCAGCCUGCUCCUCCCUCCCUGCCGGGUCCCCAGCCCAGGCAAGGAGUCAGCCCCUUCCCACCCAACAACUGGAACCCUCCAGCCCCACCCUGUGUAUUCUGGAUCCAGUGGGGUCCACCAUCUGGAGCUUAAUGGGGCUCACAGCCCCUGUUGCUCUCUGGGAGGUCACCUGAAACUCAUCAUCUGGAUGAAUGCUUUUUAAUUUUCGAAGUGCUUUUCCACUGCCAUCUUUAUUCACCUGAGACUCCCUGGUGAGCACCUGCUAAGCCUGGAUUACUCACAACCCUCACCUGCUCGAAGGAUGACAGAAACCACAGCCCAGAAAGAUGGCCGACUUUUCCAUGGUCACACAUCUUGCUAGGAUGCAGCCAGAACGCUUCCCUCCUCCUCCCUGACCCUAGUCUACACUGUGGGUGGGCUGUGGGUCUCCUGGAGAAAGAGGAAAAAGCAUCUCUUUGCCUGGGACCUGCCAUCUAAUCACUCCUCCUCUGGGACAGAUCAAGGCCUGCAAAGAAGGUCGCUCCUGUGGUUGGUCCAGCCCAGAAUGCAGCCUUGAGCCUGGCUUAGGCCACCACCUACUCCAGCUCUCUCCACCCCCUAUUUUACCGCAGCUCAGGGGGUAGGCUCUAGGCUCCAAAGUACCUGGGUAGUGUCCCUUCAUCAAGAAAGCCCCACAGCUCUGGAGGGCUCUGAUAAUCCCACUGUCAGCUCUCUGAAAAGACAGCAUGGCUAUUACCCUACAGCCCAGUGACCUGAUCUUUGAGUUCGCAAGCAACGGGAUGGAUGAUGAUAUCCACCAGCUGGAAGACCCCUCUGUGUUCCCAGCUGUGAUCGUGGAGCAGGUACCCUACCCUGAUUUACUGCAUCUGUACUCGGGACUGGAGUUGGACGACGUUCACAGUGGCAUCAUAACAGACGGGACCUUGUGCAUGACACAGGAUCAGAUCCUGGAAGGCAGUUUUUUGCUGACAGAUGACAAUGAGGCCACCUCGCACACCAUGUCAACCGCGGAAGUCUUACUCAAUAUGGACUCUCCCAGCGAUAUCCUGGAUGAGAAGCAGAUCUUCAGUACCUCCGAAAUGCUUCCAGACUCGGACCCUGCACCAGCUGUCACUCUGCCCAACUACCUGUUUCCUGCCUCUGAGCCCGAUGCCCUGAACAGGGUGGGUGACAGUAGUGACCAGGAGGGGCAUUCUCUGGAGGAGAAGGCCUCCAGAGAGGAAAGUGCCAAGAAGACUGGGAAAUCAAAGAAGAGAAUCCGGAAGACCAAGGGCAACCGAAGUACCUCACCUGUCACUGACCCCAGCAUCCCCAUUAGGAAGAAAUCAAAGGAUGGCAAAGGCAGCACCAUCUAUCUGUGGGAGUUCCUCCUGGCGCUUCUGCAAGACAGAAACACCUGUCCCAAGUACAUCAAGUGGACCCAGCGAGAGAAAGGCAUCUUCAAACUGGUGGACUCCAAAGCUGUGUCCAAGCUGUGGGGGAAGCAGAAAAACAAGCCUGACAUGAACUAUGAGACAAUGGGGCGGGCGCUAAGAUACUACUACCAAAGAGGCAUCCUGGCCAAAGUGGAAGGGCAGAGGCUGGUGUACCAGUUUAAGGAGAUGCCCAAGGAUCUGGUGGUCAUUGAAGAUGAGGACGAGAGCAGCGAAGCCACAGCAGCCCCACCUCAGGCCUCCACGGCCUCUGUGGCCUCCGCCAGUACCACCCGGCGAACCAGCUCCAGGGUCUCAUCCAGAUCUGCCCCCCAGGGCAGGGGCAGCUCUUCUUGGGAGAAGCCAAAAAUUCAGCAUGUUGGUCUCCAGCCAUCUGCGAGUCUGGAAUUGGGACCAUCGCUGGACGAGGAGAUCCCCACUACCUCCACCAUGCUCGUCUCUCCAGCAGAGGGCCAGGUCAAGCUCACCAAAGCUGUGAGUGCGUCUUCAAUGCCCAGCAACAUCCACCUAGGAGUGGCCCCCGUGGGGUCAGGCUCGGCCCUGACCCUGCAGACGAUCCCACUGACCACGGUGCUGACCAAUGGGCCUCCUGCCAGUACUACUGCUCCCACUCAGCUCGUUCUCCAGAGUGUUCCAGCGGCCUCUACUUUCAAGGACACCUUCACUUUGCAGGCCUCUUUCCCCCUGAACGCCAGUUUCCAAGACAGCCAGGUGGCAGCCCCAGGGGCUCCACUGAUUCUCAGUGGCCUCCCCCAACUUCUGGCUGGGGCCAACCGUCCGACCAACCCAGCGCCACCCACGGUCACAGGGGCUGGACCAGCAGGGCCCAGCUCUCAGCCCCCUGGGACUGUCAUUGCUGCCUUCAUCAGGACUUCUGGCACUACAGCAGCCCCUGGGGUCAAGGAGGGGCCACUGAGGUCCUCCUCCUAUGUUCAGGGUAUGGUGACGGGGGCCCCCAUGGAGGGGCUGCUGGUUCCUGAAGAGACCCUGAGGGAGCUCCUGAGAGAUCAGGCUCAUCUUCAGCCACUUCCAACCCAGGUGGUUUCCAGGGGUUCCCACAAUCCGAGCCUUCUGGGCAACCAGACUUUGUCUCCUCCCAGCCGCCCCACUGUUGGGCUGACCCCAGUGGCUGAACUUGAGCUCUCCUCAGGCUCAGGGUCCCUGUUGAUGGCUGAGCCUAGUGUGACCACAUCUGGGAGCCUUCUGACAAGAUCCCCCACCCCAGCCCCCUUCUCCCCAUUCAACCCUACUUCCCUCAUUAAGAUGGAGCCCCAUGACAUAUAAGCAAAGGGGUCAGGGCAAGUGUGACCCACCAGGCAAAAUUGAGCAGCAUUUUCAUAGGGACCGACUUCAGUAGCACACCUGCCCCUGCAUUUCAGUGGGAUGUCAGUACACUUGACCCCAAGUCCCCCGGCCCUGCCUGGUGUCACUGUGGCCAAACAGUGCCCAGCUUAAGCAUCCCUGGCAUCAGACUAUGGCCUUCAAGAGCACUAGGGCAUAUGCUUUUGGCAGCAUAAGGGGCUGACUUGGUGAUGGAGGGAAAAAGCCUUGAGCCAGGCAGAAGUUUGUGGCCAGGGUUUGUGCAGCAGCUUUGUGAGAAGAGCCCUUCUACCUGGCUCUAUCUCACUGGCUGCAUUCCCUACACAGGGAAUUUACUACCCCAUAUGUGAAUAUCCCUGUAUGUACUUGUGUGUACUUGUUGGUCUCUAUCUUAGUUUCUUUGGGGAGGACAGGGCUGUAGCUAUGAGGUCUUGUCUCCAAGGGUGUGUGUAUGUCUCCGUGGAUCAGCCACAGGGAUAGGGAUUUUGUUUUUAAGGAAAAGCAUUCUCUAAUUCCCUUUGUUCAUGCCAAGAUUCAGUUGCUCUGAGACUAUGGGGUACAAAUUUGAUCCCCCGAAUCUGGAGAUGUUGUAGAGCUGGAACAAGUGCAGAGUAGGAACGCUUUGAUGCGCAUGCACAUUGGGGAAGAUGCGCUCCUCAGGGACACGAAGGCCGAGUAGGGUAAAACCACGAGGAGAGGGAAGGGAAGUCAGCUCUGGGAGCAGCCCUCAGUGGCUGGACCAAGGUACUCUUCCUGGAGUUUGCCGUGUUAGCAACCACAGUCACCUUGCAGUCAGGCUGGAAUCUUGGGCCACCCCAGAGUGCUUUGCUGAAGGAUUUAGAUGGGGGUGAAGUGCCCUCCAGCCUCAGAGCUAGCCACAAAGCCCCCAGAGCUGAAUUCAUUGAAUAUUUGUGCCUAGGGCUUGGGCUGUUUGUGUGAUACCAGCCCCCCGCCAGACAAUAGCCUUUGCUGACACCACAGCCUACUUCCCCGAUCCUGGGCUCCCUCUUGAUUACUUCUUGACAUUUUCCAGCUGUCAGGCGUCACUGGGGCUAGUCCGGCAGCGACCUAGAUGGGGUCCACCCCCAUUCCUGCUCAAACAUGGACACCUACCACAUGGUUUCUGCUGCUCAGCCUGCCUGCAACUCACCGUGAAGGCGGACCAGCCUGCCUCUAUGAUGACUGCAGCAGACCUCCUUGGGUGGACCAAAGCCCCUCAUCUCCCACUUUCACACCUAACCCUGACUCCUUCACCAAGAAGACGGGAGUCGGCAGCCAGGAGUUCCCGUGGCACCUCUCUCUCUGCGUGGCUCCCUGCUUCCCCCUUCCCUCUUUCCGAGGAAGGGUCAACCCAUUCUGUCUCAAAGCCAACCCCUAGGCCAAUUGCCUGGAUCUCCUCCCCUCUCCCUUCUUUAAAAGAGCUUGCCUCCCUCCUGCCAAGUUUGAGGGCAAGGCUAAGAAAUGUCAGCCACGGAAACAACUCUAUUAUCUGGUGACUUUGGGUAAUGUGAAUCAGUGCCCGAGGACCUUUGCUGUGUCCUUGGUACAAAACCAUCCACUUGACCUAACUACCUCCCCUGGCCGCGCUCUCGCUCUUCUCUUCUUUGCCAAGCCAACUAUCACCCUCUCCCACUCUUCUUCUCCCUGCCCCCUGGAGGGCACUGUGUUUGGUUGUGCAAAUGUAUUUACUAUGCGUGUUUCCAGCAGUUGGCAUUAAAGUGCCUUUUUCUAAUAAAAUCAGUUUAUUAUGACA